AUGGCCCCCGCCGGUGAGACGUUGCUCUUGAAGAGCACGGACUUCCAAGAAACUGGCAGCGUUCACACUGCUGUCUCGCAUACGGAGGACAUUCACGCCCUGCAAGGCCAGCGGCAGUCAGUCAACGUCGCCUUGAGCCAAAAUGUCGAAUCUCUGCAACGAUUUUGUCAUGAAAAUGAAUUUCAGUUGCCUACCGUCUUCAAAGCCGCCUGGGGACUUGUACUUGGCAAAUACCUUGGCCUGGACCACGUUGUGUUCUCGUCGUUGGUACAGGACGGUACCAUCGAUGCCGCCCCGGCGUCCUGCCAGCUUCUCCUGGACGAAACAGUCUCGAUUCUGAGCCUGCUGAGAAAUCUGGAACUUCAAACAAAAACCUUGGAAGUUGAGAAGACCCCCAAAACAGGGGAUAAUUCACCUCUGUCGGACAGUCAACUCGUGUUCCAAGUCCACCAACCCGGAAAGGUGGUUGCGGCUGUGAACCGAAGUAGCCAAAGCACUGGAAACAUUGUUUUGCUGGUUCAGGCUUCAGACAGCAUGCUCAACAUUACGCUCAGUUAUUCCACGUCUACCCUUAUCGAGGAGGAGGCUGUCAAUAUUGGCGCAACAUUCGCCAAAGCCGCAUCUCUCAUUGUACUCAAUCCGAAUGAAAAACUUCAUGACCUGAAUCUGAUCAGCGACCGCGACCUGGCUUCAAUCUGGUGCUGGAACGAACCGCAGCCUCGAGUAAUCGACAGCUGCGUGCACCACAUUAUACAGUCGCGCGUUGAGCAGCAGCCGGAUGCUCUCGCCAUCUGCGGCUGGGAUGCCUCCAUCACAUAUAGUCAGCUUGAUGAUUACUCCAAUCGCCUAGCUCAUCAUCUUUUAGGAUUUGGUGUCGGCCCCGAGGUCAUUGUCCCUCUCUGCUUUGAGAAGUCUGCAUGGGCUAUUGUCGCCUUGUUGAGCGUGGUCAAGGCUGGCGGAGCGUUUGUUUUCAUUGACCCUUCGCAUCCGAAAGGCCGACGCGAUGAUAUUAUUAGUCAAAUCGCCUCCACGUUGGUCUUGACUUCGGUUGCGCAAGCAGACCAGUGGACAGACUCGAGUCUCGAGGUUGUCCCCUUGGGGCCGCAGUUAGUCGACGCAUUGGCACUCCAAGUUCAACCUCCCGUCACGACAGUCAGUCCAAAUAACAUUCUUUACGUCAUUUUCACUUCGGGUAGCACCGGCCGCCCCAAGGCUUGCGUCGUUGAGCAUUCGUCCUUCUGCAGCGGAGCUGUAGCGCAGGCAGAGGUGGCUAAUAUGGAUUCCUCGAGUCGUGUUCUUCAGCUGGCAUCGUUUAGUUUCGACGUGAGUCUGUUGGAAAUUAUGACGGCAUUGAUGCAUGGGGCAUGUAUUUGCAUGCCCAGUGCAGCAUCGAUGAAUGAAGGGGUAGCCAAGCUCAUUAACAAGUUCCAAAUAACCUGGGCCUUCUUGACUCCAUCUCUGGUCAAAGUCAUUGAUCCAAGAGACGUUCCUAAUUUGAAAACGCUAAUUUUGGGCGGCGAGGCAUUGUCAAAAUCUGACAUAGACACUUGGGCCGAACACGUACAACUGGGAAAUGGCUAUGGCCCAAGCGAAUGCUCCGUCGCUGCGGCCGGAAACCCUAACCUGACGCCGUCAACGAGUCCUUCCAACAUCGGACAUGCGGUUGGUGGUCUCUGCUGGAUUGUGAAUGCUGAAGACCACAAUAAGUUGGUCCCGGUUGGCUGCGUCGGAGAGUUGCUAAUUGAAGGACCAAUUGUUGCCAGAGGAUAUCUGAAUGCUCCUGAAAAGACGGCAGAGGUAUUUAUUACGGGGCCAGAUUGGGGCCCUCUUACAAGGCAGGGAGCUCCGAGACGAUUAUACAAGACGGGAGACUUGGCACGAUAUAAUCCUGAUGGCACGAUUCACUUCAUCGGUCGCAAAGACACCCAAGUGAAGCUGCGAGGCCUGCGAAUCGAGCUGGGUGAAAUUGAACAUCAUAUAUCGGUGCAUGGCCUUACACAGCACGCGAUCGUCAUCUUACCAAAGUCUGGUCCUUGCAAGGAACGCCUCGUUGUCGCCCUCUCACUGAAAGACUUCCUGCCCGACACUUCUAAAACGUCCAAUGUCCGGUUGAUCCCAGAAGAAGCCCGGGAACGGGCGAGUAAACAGGUCGCAGACAUAAAAGAACAGCUUAGCCGACACGUGCCUCAUUAUAUGGUCCCUGAAACUUGGAUCGUAGUCGAAGCAAUUCCACUCAUGCUCUCCGGCAAGAUGGCGAGGAGUCAAGUGUCCAAGUGGAUUGCUGAGAUGGAUGAUGAAACAUACGACCGAGCUGUCGGAGUUCAGUCACAGGGUCAGGGAGCAACGGAGAUGACAGAACACGAGAUGCAACUGCAGCUCGUAUACAGUGACGUUCUUAACCUGGCGCUCAGCCGAAUCCCGCUCGACAGAUCAUUCCUGAGCCUUGGUGGAGACUCCAUUUCGGCCAUGCAAGUCGUUUCACGGUGCAGGUCAAGAGGGAUGGCCGUUACCGUGAAGGAUAUUAUUGCUCUAAAGGGAAUCUCAGAACUCGCAUUACGUGUGGUUCAUGUUGCAAAUUCAGCACAUGACCAGGAGGAGAGCUUCGACACUCCGUUUGCCCUCUCCCCCGUCCAGCGAAUGUACGUCGCUACCACACAUUUAGCCUCGAACGGAUCUUCCACGCGCUAUAAUCAGAGUUUUUUCCUCAAUGUAACUCGACAAAUAGGAGAUGAGGAGCUGCGCAAAGGAUUUCAAAUGGUAGUCGCUAAACAUUCCAUGCUCCGUGCCCGAUUUAUGGAGAGCCAAGACGGAACCUGGCAGCAAGUGGUUUUGAAACAAGUCGAAGGCACGUACAAUUUCGUGGUGCAUAAUGUCAUCGCAGUGGAAGAUAUAGAUGCCAUCAUCGAAGAUGCGCAAUCAUCUUUGGAUCUUAUCCGCGGACCAGUCUUUGCUGCGCAUUUAUUCAGCGUCAAGAGUCAGGGUCAAUUUCUAUUUCUUGUUGCCCACCACGCCAUCAUUGACUUGGUAUCGUGGCGUGUCGUCAUGAAAGACCUUGAAGACGCGGUUACAUCCGGGGAAAUCGCCAACCAUGUAUCAUUGCCUUACCAGAAAUGGCUGCAACUGCAAGCGGACAACGCCAGGGACCAUGGAAGUCCCGGCGAGGUUCUCCCUUUCAACGUCACGCCACCUGAUAUGCAAUAUUGGGGAAUGGAACAUCAAAAGAACUACAUUUCGGAUACUUCUGAAGAUGCGGUCAAGUUGAGUCUAGACUUGACCAAGUCUCUCAUGGGAAGCCAGUGCCACACAGCGCUUCGCACAGAGCCUAUUGAUCUGAUUCUAUCGAUUUUAAUGUAUUCCUUUGCUCACGUGUUUAAAGAUCGUGCGACGCCUCCAUUCUUCCGUGAGAGUCACGGGAGAGAGUCCUGGACGGAUGAGAUUGACAUUUCUGAGACUGUGGGUUGGUUCACGACCAUGUUUCCAUUAUGCACCAGCGCCACUUUUGAAGACGACAUUGUGGAAUUUACACGUCAAAUCAAGGACAAUCGACACGCUAUCCCAGCGAAUGGACGUCCUUACUUUGCCUCGAGAUUCCUGAACCAGGAGGGCAUGGAGGCUUUCGCUGAUCACUCUCAGGUAGAAAUCUGUUUUGACUACCUUGGCCUGUAUCAACAACUGGAGAAACCGGAUGCAUUGCUCCGCCAAGAACCUCGUACCAUGACGGCAAAUACAUCCGACAUUGGACCUAAUGUACGGCGUUUUGCGCUGAUUGAGAUCACUGCCGAGAUGAUCAGUAAUCAGAUGCAAUUCUCUUUCGUCUACAACCACAACAUGAAACAUAUGCCAAAAUUGAAGAAGUGGAUCGCAUCUCUUCCAGACUCUUUUUCCGAAUGCAUUGAUCAAUUGUCCAACGCGACAAUUCAGCAUACCCUGAGUGACUUCCCGAUGAUCAAAAUGUCAUACGAGGGGCUAGAGAGGCUCUCGAAUGACAUUCUCCCUCAGACCGGCAUAUCAUUUGAGCAAGUACAGGACAUCUAUCCUUGCUCUCCCAUGCAGCAAGGUUUGCUCAUCAGUCAGAGUAAAUCUACGGGUGUAUACAAAUAUUGUCACACAGCUGAGAUUAUCUCGAGGUCUGCCAAUUCAGUCGACCUGGAUCGGCUGACGAGUGCGUGGGAAAAGGUCGUUCAGCGACAUUCUGUCCUGAGAACUAUAUUUAUCCCCAGUGUAGGUACAGAAGGUGUGUAUGAUCAAGUGGUGCUAAAACAUUAUCGUGGCAGGGUUUCAAUAUUCCACGACGACGGAGCCGACUCCGGAAACAAGUUCAAAAACCAGGCUCCCAUCGAAUUCAAUGACAUUGAGCCACCAAAUAGACUGAGUUUGUGCCAAACAAACGAGGGUCGAGUGUUUUGUCAGUUCGAAUUCAACCAUGCAAUUAUUGAUGGAGGCUCCAUGCCCAUUAUCCUUCAAGACUUUAUUCUGGCUUACGACGGGAGGACUCCAGACAGGCCCGCGCCACUCUUCCACGAAUACAUUUCGUAUUUGAGAUCGCUCCCCAAAGGUCCUGGACUAACAUAUUGGAUGAAUUACUUGAGGGACAUUGAACCGACGUAUUUGCCUUCAAUUCAAGGAUCUUCAAAAGAUCCACAGUUCCUGGAGAUGGAGGUCAAUAUCAACAUGGAGACUAGCGUGCUGCUCGACUUCUGCCAGCAAAAUAAUCUUACCUUAUCCAAUAUCUUCCACGUAGCCUGGGGCCUCGUGCUCCGGGCACACACGGGGCGAAAUGACGUCUGUUUUGGCUACUUGCUGUCUGGAAGAGAAGCCCCAAUCCGCGAUAUCGAAAGGGCGGUCGGUCCAUUCAUAACCAUGCUCGUAUCGCGAUUGGGGCUAGAAAACGAUGUGCCCAUCUUAGAUAUUCUUCAAAAGGUUCAAGGAGACUUCCUUCUCGGCAUGGAACACCAACACUGCCCCCUUGCCGACAUUCAGCACGAGCUUGGGCUGGCUGGCCAACCACUCUUCAACACCGUCAUGUCUUUCCAGAAAGCCCAGGAGGGAGCUGAGGAAGAUGAAAGCACCAUCUCCGUGGUUGGCCUGCAAGCGUACGAUCCACCAGAAUACGAGGUGACUUUGGAUGUCAUGGUAUCUGAGGCCGAUAUCGUCACCACGCUUGGGUAUUGGACAUCGAGCAUUUCGACCGAACAAGCCAAGAAUCUUGGAUUAAUUUUCAGCAGAGCUAUUGACUGCAUUGUGAAAGACAUCAACAGCACAGUUGACGACAUUGACCUGGUUGGAGGUGAACACAUGAAACAAAUAUUGCAAUGGAAUGCAGACUUACCACCGGCACAUUACCAUUGUAUCCAUCAUCUCUUCCACGAACAAGUAUUGAAGCAGCCUGACGCUCCAGCGAUUUGCUCUUUUGAUGGGAAUUUUACCUAUGCUGAACUUGACGACUUGUCUACAAAACUGGCCCAUCACCUUGUCAGCAUGGGUGUUGGACCUCAAGUUUAUGUUCCAUUCUGCUUCCAUAAAUCGGCAUGGACGACGGUUGUCAUUAUGGCCAUCUUGAAAGCCGGCGGUGCCUGUGUUCCCAUGGAUCCGGCGCAGCCUGUAUCGCGUCUCGAGGCAAUCAGCACCAUGUGCAGUGCAAAGGUAGCCGUGACCGCACCGCAGAACGCUCACCUCCUGGAGGGACUCGUCGACGUUAUCAUCUCUGUUGAUCAGGGCUUCAUCAAUGGCCUUCCUACUGUGGCAGGAAUCCCUUGUGCCUCGGUCCAACCCGAUAACGUCGCAUAUGUCAUCUUUUCUUCCGGAACUACCGGGACUCCAAAAGGAAUUCAACUUUACCAUUACUCUCUAGCGACAUUCGCUCUUGGGAACAAUUUGAUAGUCAAGGGAAAUGGACCCGGCCAGAGAGUGCUUCAAUUUGCUGCCUACACAUUUGAUGUUUCCAUAUCGGACAUCCUAGGCUCGCUGAUGUUUGGAGCCUGCAUUUGCAACAUCUCGGACCAUGACAGAAUGAACAAUCUUUCUCAGGCCAUUCGUGAUGUAAACGCCACUGCAAUUGACCUCACUGCCACUGUUGCGGCACUCAUCCGACCCGCCGAUGUUCCCUCUGUGCGAAUCUUGCAGCUAGGUGGCGAGGCACUGACCAAGGAAGUUGUGGACAUUUGGGCCGGGAACCUUGACACGCUGGUUAAUGUAUACGGCCCUGCAGAGUGCAGUGUGACCUGCUCUUACAGUUGUAAUAUCUUGGAUGAUACAGAUUUGGCGAACAUAGGACGAGUUGUCGGAGGUCUUGGCUGGGUUGUUGAGCCCAACAACCACGACAAGCUGGCACCACUUGGCUGUGUCGGUGAGUUGCUCAUUGAAGGAGCUAUUUUAUCGGCCGGCUACUUUGGUGACGCAGAAAAGACCAAAAAGUCAUUCAUUUGCAAUCCAAUCUGGUCGCGCACCCAGCCCGGGGUGGAUCGCAGAUUUUACAAAACAGGAGACUUGGUCAGAUACAACUCGGACGGCAGCUUGCAUAUACUUGGCCGUGGAGAUACUCAAAUUAAACUGUACGGUCAGCGACUUGAUCUGACUGACAUUGAAGCACAGGUCAUUGACCAUCAACCUCGCUUACGACAGAUAACUGUCGAGGCGAUUGUGCCAAAGGGAACCACCAGGAAAACUCUUGCCGCUUUCUUUGUGAUGGAUGACACAGAUGAUGGUAGCACCGUAAACUCCUUGGACAGUACGCCAAUUUCUUUAACGCCACAGCUCCAGAAAGAUCUGCAAGGACUUCAAAGCUCUUUGGCGUUAUCGCUGCCAAGAUAUAUGAUUCCAGCCACGUAUAUACGUAUGAGUCAGAUGCCAAUGAAUUCAUCUGGAAAGACCAACAGAGCAGCUCUGCGCAAGAUGGCUGCCCAAUUCUCGGAAACACAGUGGUCAGACUACUCUCUAGAAAAUAAAGUCAAGGAACCGCCAUCGACGGACCUCGAAAAACGACUACAGCAGCUCUGGAGCGCCAUUUUGUGCAUCGACAUCGACAUGAUUGGUGCCAAAGACAGCUUUUUCGGACUCGGGGGAGAUUCAGUCGCCGCCAUGCGGCUAGUUGCCGCCGCUCGAGCAUCGAAUAUCCUCAUCUCGGUCAUGAACAUAUUCAAGUACCCGAAUCUUUGUGAUAUGGCAUUGACGGUUGAGAUUCACGAAACAAUUACCAGAGAUUUAGUGGAACUAGACUCUUUUGCUCUGCUUGAACCAUCUUCCCGAGAAGAGACGAUAGAGGAUUGUGCCGACAGAUGCAAGGUUGACAAAGACUUUAUUGAAGAUGUUUACCCUUGCACCCCUUUGCAAGAGGGGCUUAUGGCAAUCUCUACUCGACUACCCCGUGCGUACGUCGCACGAAUGGUCUUCAAAAUUCCGCCCACUAUCGACUUGAAUCGCUUCCGAAACGCGUGGCAGCAGCUGAUUUCCCUCGAACCGAUCUUGAGAACGAGAGUCAUUCUGACCAACACGAACUCGGUGCAGGUUGUUUUACGACAAGAAAACCCUUGGAAAGAGGGUUUGACACUGGAAUCAUAUCUUGAAGAGGACAACGGGCUUCCAAUUGAGUAUGGUGGGCUCCUGCAUCGGCUUUGUAUAAUUGAUGGACUCGGACAAGAUUCAUACUUCAUCUGGUCUGUCCACCAUGCACUUUACGACGGCUGGAGUCAAAACUUGUUGUUUGAACGGGUCAAACAACUGUACAUGGGCGAUGCUAUAUCGAAAUCACCAUCCUACAACCGUUUUAUUCAUUUCUUGGCCCAAGAGGAUACGGAGUCUGCGAAUAAAUUCUGGAAAUCACAGCUUUUGCGAGAACAAGCACCAACAAGCUUCCCUGUCCUGCCGUCCCCCUCAUACAAGCCUCGAGCUGACCAUGUGCAAACUCUUCGUCUUCCACUGUCUCGCCAAAAGCAGUCCGCCAUCACUAGUGCGACUCUCAUAAAGGCAGCAUGGGCCAUGGUCGUCUCUCAGUAUUCGAGAUCUGACGACAUUAUACUUGCAUUGACCCUCUCUGGUCGCACCGCUCCUGUUCCUGGCAUCAUGAAAAUGACAGGGCCAACUAUUACGACAGUCCCCCUGAGAAUCGAGCUGCCCAGCAGGAACACCACAGUGUACAAGUAUCUUGAACUUGUGCAGAACCAAGCCAUGGAGAUGAUGCCAUACGAGCACGUGGGGAUACAAAGUCUUCGUCGACUCUGUCUCGAGGCUGAGCCAGAUUACGAACUGGACCUGAAGCAUCUUCUUGUUAUCCAAUCACUGGGAGAAGCUGACGGUUUUCUCGACCUUGAACUAUUACCAACAGAGGAAGAUGACUUCAACACCUAUGCGCUGAUUGUUCAAUGCAGUGUCGAAGAGGAAAGUGUGUGUAUCGAAGCGCGCUACGACAAAGAUGUGAUUGAGACUGGACAGAUGGAAAGAAUGCUGUGGCAGUUUCAUCAUGUCAUUUGUCAGCUCAACGAUGAAUCACACUCUUCCAUCAUGGAAGGGGUCAAUCUUGUGAGCCCCCAAGACCUAGAGCAGUUGAACGUCUGGAACAGCCAAAAGCACGAGUCUGUGGACAUGUGCAUCCAUCAAGUCAUCGAAAAACAGAUGCGCUCCCGACCUGUUGAUGCGCCUGCUAUUUGUGCAUGGGAUGGGCAGCUCUCUUAUCAAGAGCUGGAUCGCUUGUCCAACGCUUUGGCCACACACUUGGUCGACCUUGGUGUCGGCCCUGAGGUCAUGGUCCCAAUAUGUUUCGACAAAUCGGCAUGGACCAUCGUGACAAUGAUUGCCGUGCUCAAAGCCGGCGGCGCUUAUGUAUCACUCAGUUCCGCCCACCCACUCAGUCGUCUACGAGGAAUCAUUCAUGACAUCGAUGCUGGCCUUAUACUUGUGGCCCCCCAAUACGCAGAGUUAUUUGUCGAUGUAGUCCCCAGAAUCAUCGUGGUCGAACCAUCUUGGUUGACUAUGCUACCGACUUUAAGUAUCUCUGCACCCUCCUUCGGACGGCCUGAUAGCGCAGCCUUUGUCGUAUUCACGUCUGGAUCCACGGGAAAGCCCAAAGGCGUGGUGAUAGAACACCGCAGCAUGGUCACCAUGGCACUCGCCGAGGGGCCGUCCAUGCAGUUUGACAGCGACACCCGAACACUGAAUUUUGCCGCUUCAACGUUUGAUGUCAGCAAUAGCGAGGUUCUCACAACUUUAAUGUUUGGAGGAUGCGUCUGCGUACCAUCUGAAACCGAGAGGCUCAAUGACCUGACUGGAGUAAUUAACAAGUGGAAAGUGAACUGGCUUUUUCUAACUCCUGCAAUGGCCGAUCUCCUUGAUCCUGCUAAAGUUCCAACUCUUCAAACACUUGCUCUCGGUGGAGAAGCAAUCAGACAGGAUCUUGUCGAAAGAUGGGCAACCAAAGUGCACCUGAUAAACAGCUACGGACCGUCUGAAACCACCAUUUGGACUUCCAACUCCCACUUAAGCCCGGGAAAACAACCGGCGAACAUUGGCCGUGGCUACGGAGCUCAUACAUGGGUCACCGAUGUCACCGAUCAUAAUCGUUUGGCCCCAAUCGGGUGUGUCGGCGAGCUCUUGGUCGAGGGACCAAUUUUGGCUCGGGGAUAUGUUAAAAAUCCCGAAAUCACAUCGGCAGCCUUCAUUUUUGAUCCGCUAUGGGCUGCGGAUAGCCAAAAGAAGCCACGACGAAUGUACAAGACGGGUGACUUGGUCAAAUACAACGUCGACGGAACAUUGGAUUAUAUUGGGAGGAAAGAUACUCAAGUCAAACUUCGAGGCCAGAGGAUCGAGCCGUCCGAGAUUGAGGACCACAUCAGACAGAGCCUCCCAGAUGUACAACAUGUGGCCGUUGAAAUCGUCUCCAGAGAAGGACAUAAGGAGGACCGAGUUUUGGCAGCUUUUCUCCAACAUGGUCAAAAAGAUCAGCACUUGGUUCAUGACACAAACAGCAACCUCGUGCUAAUCACAGAAGAUUUGCGAAAGAGCAUGCUACAUCUCCAACAAUUACUCAUGGGCUCCCUACCGCCAUACAUGGUGCCGCAGCUGUUCAUCAUGCUGUACCAAGCUCCCACUACUUCGUCCGGUAAGCUCGAUCGCAAAGCCAUGCGAGAAAUGGCUGCAAAGCUGUCCAAAGCUCAGCUUGCGCCUUAUAUGCUAGUGGAUGUUGAAAAGGUAGCACCCUCAACCCCAAUGGAAAAAAAGUUGCAGAGUCUCUGGGCCGGCUUGUUGCGCAUUGAUGUUUCUGCUAUCGGCGCGAAUGACAACUUUUUCCAGUCCGGCGGAGACUCGAUUACUGCCAUGAGAUUGGUUGCCGAAGCUCGUGCUAGCCAUCUUUCGAUAUCUGUGGCGGACAUUUUUCGCUUCCCAAAGCUAUCGGAGAUGGCAAAGGCCAUUCAGGACGUUGUCUUUACUCCAGCGACAGAUAUUGAGCCUUUUUCCCUACUGAGAGACGAACACUCUUUGGACGAUAUCAUUCAAAUGGCCGCGAGCGUUUGUGAGGUUAAAGUUGAGGCGAUCGAGGACAUCUAUCCAUGCACAGCUCUACAAAAGGGCCUGUUUAGUAUUACGAUCCGGGACCCCGGUGCGUACAUUGCUCAAAAAGUGUUCCAGCUCCCCGAGGCGCUUGAUUUUGAUCGUUUCAAACGUGCGUGGCAGACACUGGCAGACAUGCACCCUAUACUGAGAACACGAAUCUUGGACACGGACUUGCAGGUGGUUGUUAGAGAAGAACCGGCAUGGCAAAGUGCGUCAACACUGCAGGCAUAUUUGGAGCAUGACUUGGCCGAAAACAUGAAUUUCGGAAGACCCCUUUGUCGGUAUGCCAUCGUGGAGGGUCAUUUUAUCUGGACCGCACACCAUGCAGUGUACGACGCGUGGAGUAAUCAGUUGCUCUUUGACCAGCUGCGAGGCAUUUACGACCGUGAUGAGAUUCCGAAGGCCGUGCCAUAUAGCAAGCUGAUCGAACACCUUGAAAAGAUCGAUCAAAGUGCAGCAAUGGCAUUCUGGAAAGGACAACUCUCUGGUGAUAAGCCCACGAGCUUCCCCGAGGCACGCUCCCUGACUUACAAACCUCGCCCAAAUCAGGCCUUCACAUACUCCAUGGCGGUUACGCACAAUUACAAGUCCGGAACGCUUAUGUCCAGCACCCUACAAGCUGCAUGGGCAUUGGCAGUUGCUCGACAUUCGAAUAGUAGUGACGUCGCAUUUGCCAUGGCUCUUUCGGGCCGUAACUUGCACAUGCAGGGCAUCGAGAGCGUCAUCGGACCAACCAUUACGACUGUUCCGAUUGUCAUGAAUCUUGAUAUGGAGCAAACUGUUGCUGACUAUCUCGGAAACACUCAGAAGCAGAUGACGGAGAUGAUACCAUUUGCACAUGUGGGCCUUCAAAACCUUCACAGCCUGGACAACUACGUCGAUCUAAAGCAUCUCUUUGUCAUUCAAUCUGCAGCGAAUGAAGAUGCAGAGGGUGUUUUGGGGAUGAUUCCUGUGCCUUAUGAUAUUGCUGGGUUUGAUAGCUAUGGGUUGGUAGUGGAAUGCGUCCAAGGUACUGACAAGGUCGACGUCGAGGUUCGUUUCGACACUGCCAUCAUCUCCCACGAUCGGAUCCAGAAAAUGCUCAACUUGUUCGAGCAUUUGGUUGGACAGCUUAAUCAGGACGAGUCCCGCAGUCUCCCCUUGAAGCAUGUCAGCUUCUUCAGUCCGCAAGACGAAGAACAGGUUGCGGCAUGGAAUAGGGAACCGCCGCAGGAGAAGAACGAGACGAUGCACAACCUCGUCCAAGCCCAAGUGUCAGCUCGGCCACUUGCCCCGGCGAUUCUUGCCUCGGACAGCAACUUCACUUAUGCUGAGCUCGACAGCAGGUCAACUCAGCUGGCUCACCACCUGGUUCAAGUCGGCGUGAAGCCCGAGGUGAUGGUGCUCGUCUGUUACAACAAGUCUGCGUGGACCAUCGUCGCCAUGUUGGCUAUCCUUAAGGCCGGCGGCGCAUGCGUUGCAAUCAACCCUGAACAUCCUCCGGAACGCCUUCAAGCCAUAGCCCAAGAUGUCAAAGCCAGCAUUGUUGUGACACAACAGCAGCACAGACAUAUUUUCCAGGGCUGGAACGUCAACGUUGUCUUGCCUACAGAGAGUCUGACCAACAAAUACCCAGCGACAGGCACUUUCACUAGUGCCGGACCCGAGAAUCCCGCCUUUGUAGUAUUCACAUCAGGUUCUACUGGAGCUCCCAAGGGAAUUUGCUUGGAGCAUCGGGCGCUUUGCGCCAGCGCACAAGCUCACGGCAAAGCAAUGCGUUUGGGGACUGACUCGCGCGUCUUGCAAUUUGCAGCGUACACGUUCGACGUGAGUAUCGGGGAAAUUUUCACAACCCUGAUAUAUGGUGGCUGUGUAUGCGUGCCGACAGAGGAAGAGAGGUUGAACGAUCUGGCCGCUUUCAUCAACAGAAUGCAGAUCAACUGGGCUUAUCUGACGCCCACCGUGGCCAGCUUCCUCCAGCCUGCCGAUGUCCCAACACUGGAGACCUUGUCCUUGGGAGGCGAGGCCGUGACGAAAGAAAAUGUAGCCGUGUGGGCGAAUAGGGUCCAUCUGAUCAACAUCUAUGGACCGGCCGAGACGAGUAUUUGGUCAACCGCCCUCUGCGGACUCGAGCCGGACACGCCACCAACAAACAUUGGCUACGGCGUUGGUGCAUUGAUGUGGAUUACUGAAAUUGCCAACCAUGAUCAUCUAUGCCCCAUAGGCUGUGUGGGGGAACUUUUGAUCGAAGGCCCUAUUCUGGCUCGCGGAUAUGUUGCUCUAGACGAAACAACUCGGGCGCGUUUCAUCACGAAUCCUGCCUGGGCCAAGGGGCAAGGAGAUCGGCGAUUCUACAAGACUGGAGAUCUAGUCAAGUACAAUUUCGACGGAACCAUUGACUACGUUGGCAGAAAGGACACUCAGUUCAAGCUCCACGGGCAACGCAUUGAGUCUAGUGAGAUUGAGCAUCAUUUGUCCACGGACAGACAUAUCCGGCAUGCAAUGAUUCUGCUUUCCAAGUCGAAAUCUGGUCAGCAGCGUCUGACUGCCAUCAUCUCGCUUGAGUCGGUUCCGCCAUCAGCUGCCAGAGACAUGCCGCAACUCAUACAAGCCGAGUCCGCCCAGCUUGAAGUCUCUCUUAUACGCAAGAAGCUCGCUGAGUCUGUGCCAGGAUAUAUGGUUCCUUCCAUCUGGUUGGUGGUGGACCAUAUGUCCAUGACCGUUUCAGGGAAGCUGAACCGACUAGAGAUGACAAAAUGGGUUGAGCAAAUGGACGAGGAUGUGUUUUCAACUUCAGCUGACGCCGAAGAUUUAGAGGGUAGUCAUAUCCCCGCCACUGUGAUGGAAGACAAGAUUCAAAAGAUGUUGUGUCAGGUACUCAAUCUGCAAACUGUCAGACUCGACAGGUCGUUCCUGAGUCUCGGAGGAGAUUCCAUCACGGCAAUGCAAUUAAGAGCAAAAUGCCGCACGGAGAAGAUCGAGCUCUCAACACAGCAUAUUCUGCGCGCAAAAUCCAUCAGCCAGAUGGCGCUUCUGGCAAAAUCAACUUCGGAGACUGCACUAGCCCAUCCAGAAAUUCUCGACUCAUCUUUUGGUCUUACGCCCAUUCAGCAGAUGUACUUUGACAUUGCGUCAAACGCCGAAAUGUCUCAUCAUUUCCACCAAAGUUUCCUCCUGCGUGUCACCAGACGCAUCGGCACACUGCAAAUGGCCAGGGCCAUCGAAAAGUUGGUUGGGCAACACUCCUUGCUACGGGCAAGGUUUUCUCAGGAAGAAAACAAUCAAUGGACGCAGCGUAUUACUGGGGAUGUGGCUGAUUCACACCGUUUCAGCAUGCAUCAACUGUCCCGGAGAGAGGAGAUGAUGCCGCUGAUUCAAGCCUCCCAACGCGCCAUUAAUAUUAGAGAAGGGCCAGUGUUCUGCGCUGCUUUGUUCACCAUCGGUAGCAACGACGAUGUAGGAGGCUCGCACCAACUCCUUUUCCUUUGUGCCCACCAUCUGGUCAUAGAUUUAGUCUCGUGGAGACACAUUCUGCGAGACUUGGAACAGCUCCUAGACUCUGGCAGGCUUUCAUCGCCGAAACCACCAUCAUUCCAGACUUGGGCCACGAUGCAGGCAGAAUACGCGAAAGAGCUCCUUCCAAAGGACGUCAUGCCGCUUCAAAUCCCUCCCGCGGACUUUGGCUUUUGGGGCAUGCUGAAUCAACCCAAUGUCUUUGAAGAUCAGCUGGAGACGGCGUUCUCGCUGGAUGAAGAAACUACGGACAAGCUUUUUGGUGUCAGUAACGAGGCUCUCCAAACGGAGCCAGUGGACAUCAUUCUCUCCGCCUUGAUCGACUCCUUCCACCGCGUCUUUGCCGAUCGGCCGACGCCGACGAUUUUCAGCGAGGGCCACGGCAGAGAAUCGCUGGCUCCCGAGUCGGACGCGGCAGAAAUCGUGGGCUGGUUCACAACCCUGAAUCCGCUGCACGUUCCGGUGAUGAAGGAGCAAGAUGAGCUGAAAAUCCUGGCGCAUACCAAAGAUUUGAGGCGUCAAGUCCCGAGCAGCGGCUAUCCGUAUUUCUGUUCGCGCUUCUUGUCGCCACAGGGACAACAGACAUUCGGCCAUCACACACAAAUGGAGGUCAUUCUCAAUUACCAGGGUCGCUAUCAGCAGCUGGAACGAGACGAUGCGCUGCUCCGCCCAGAGCCCCUUGCGGAAAACGAGGUACACAAAGACCAAGGAUCAGAUAUGCAUCGGUUUUCCCUCUUUGAGAUUUCAGUAGAGGUUGUCCAGGGGAAAACGCGGGUGUCGUUUGCUUACAAUCGCCGCAUGCACCAUCAGGACUUGAUUCGACAAUGGGUGUCAGAAAGCAAAGAGUGCCUGGGCACACUCACAAACCGGCUGUCUGUCACGGAACUGCAGCUUACAAGAAGCAGCUUUCCACUCCUCUCACUGGAGGAUUGGGAGCUUUCCCAAUUCCAAUCCCAUCUCAGCAGUCUUGCCAUCCACCCAUCCCAGGUAGAGGCCGCAUAUCCAACGUCCCCCAUGCAGGAGUCCAUGAUUUCGGCUCAGCAAAAAGUGCCGGGAAUAUACGGCGUACGGAACAUGUACGACGUCAUACCUGGACCACAGACUGGACCUGUAGAUCAUUGUCGGUUGAUGACGGCUUGGCAGAGAGUAGUGGACAGACACGUUUCCCUUCGUACCAUAUUUGUGCCAAGCGUCUCUCGCAAAGAUUCUUUUGAUCAAGUCGUUCUCCAUACGCAUACGGCGAGAAUUUCCGUCAUAGAAUGCGACGAUGACAACGUGUCGGAAAGGAUGCGCAGUCAAGAAAUGAUUGACUUCCUCGAACCGGUGCCACACCACCGUCUUUCUAUCUUCACAACGGCCAGCAAAGUCAUGUGCUGCUUGGACAUUAGUCACGCGCUCACCGAUGGCAUGUCGAUGCGGCUCCUCAUGCACGACCUUUACAUGGCCUACGAAAGCAAUCUUCAGCUUGCCCCCGGACCCAUGUACUCCGAUUACAUUGCCUUCCUGCAGCAACAACCCGCCAGCCAAGAUGCCAUCUUCUGGCGGCAGUACCUGGAUGCUGUUGAGCCAUGUCACUUGCCGCGUCCUGAUGCUCCUCUCUGCAGCGAGAGAGAGCAGCGGUCCGUACACGUCCAUCUCAAGGAAGACUUUGCCCAGAUCCAAGGCUUUUGCAAGACCUACGGUUUAACUGUGGCGAAUCUGAUCCAGUCGACAUGGGGUCUAGUCCUGCGCAGGUAUACAGGCUGCGACGACGCCGUCUUUGGAUAUUUGACGUCGGGCCGAGACAUGCCCAUUGACGGUGUGAUGGACCUUGUCGGUGCGCUGAUACACAUGCUCUUGUACCGCCAAGUCGUUGAUUCGGCUACAACGGUGCUUGCUCUAUUACAACAGACCAGGAAUGACUUCCUACAGAGUCUGCCUCACCAAUACGGCCUUGUUCCCGCUAUCAAGGAACACACCCGAGGCGCAGCGCAGGGCCUCUUCAACACCAUCAUGUCCAUGCAAUAUUCUAAUGGGGCGGGCGAAGAGUCCGAAUCUGCUGACAGCAAAGAGCCUUUGCUGAAGUUUGAAAACAAGGGAGGACAAGAUCCGAAUCAGUACGAUGUCUCCGUCGCUGUGCACGUUGAUGGCGUCUCGGUCGAAAUAUCCAUCGCUUACUGGACCGAUAUGAUGCAUGAUGGCCAGGCGGCUGGGCUGGCGGCUGACUUUUCAAAAAUGCUGACCGCGAUCAUGGCUCAACCGACAAUGAAGAUUAUGGAUCUGGAUGUUUAA